AUGUCAAAUAUUACUACUGUCAUUCCCAACUUUUGUGACUGGCGUAUAGAAUUAUAUAAUUGUGAAAUGAGUCAAUUAUGGGUGAUUGAAGUAAUAAUCUCGCUUGUUUCUUAUGUUAUCCUCUCAAUUACCGGUACAUUUGUUUUUUGGUAUCGAUAUAAAUAUAUGUGGCAAGGAUUAUUUGUUGACCAUGGAAAUGGUAUUCGCCCAUUACCAGUAGAUUGUUUAUUAUUCUUUUGGACUAUUGGAUGUUAUUUUCGAGGAUUACAUUCUUUACUUAUGUUAUUGAAUGCAUAUACUGCCUACUGGCAAAGAGAAAUGCUACAAGAAAGUGGAUGGACGAUUAUUUGCUAUGGAGCAAUUUGUUAUAUAGUUGGAAUCAUUUAUACAAUUCCUGCUAAUUAUACACAUGGAUCACGCGCCGUCAUAAAAAUCGAAACCAAAAGAAGUGAUUUAAAAUAUUCUACUAGUCGUGAUAUUUAUCUUCCUACCCCUACACAAUUAAAUUGGAUAUUAGCUAUUUGGUGCUUACUUCCUACAGUAACAGUUUUCCCAUUUUCUAUCUUGUCUGGUAUUUCUCGUGACCAUGGUAAAGUCUCAGAAACGGAUCAAUGGACAAGUGCUCAAUAUAUAACAUAUUUUGUUCUUGAUACAAUUUUUGCAUUAUCUGGUAUAUAUUAUGGAAUUAAUUUUAUGCUAAUCCUUCGAAGUACUGUAAAACAAUUUAGCCGUACUUCUAUUUCAUUUCAAAGAUCUAAACAUGGAACACGAGAAGCAUUAGACAGAUUAAAAUAUACCAUGACUUACAUUGCUGUAUUACCUUUAAUUUCUGGUCCUUGGUGGGGAAUUUUUGGAAUAUAUCACACUCAAAUAAUUUCUUCUAUAAAUGGAGUAAAUCUUUUUUUAUCAGUGAUGUGGCAUAUUACAGGAAUACAACCAUUGAUUGUAGUAGUGCAAUAUGUAUUAGCGAAACGAGUUUACUUACAUUACACAGGUCAAACCCAAUCUUCUGGUGGUGAUGGUUCAUUAUCAAGUACUUCUCAAUCUAAUGCUGAAGUGACAGAUCAUCGAGCAACUUUAAAUAGAAGUCAUACUAAUACUAAUUCCAGAGGAAUUGUGGUUGAUACUAAGGAUUCACAAGAUUUUUCAGUACAUUUUCCGGAAACAACAAAUUAUGAUUUAAAUUUAAAUUCUGAUUUGGAACGAAAAGUAUGA